AUGUUCGCCCUUCUUCCAACUCUCGCUUUACUUGCCAUCCCCGCUUUGGCCCAAAAUUCAUCUUCCACUACUGCUUCGCAAACAGAUAUCGAAGCUAUUGAAGCUCACUUCAAGCAAGCCGAACUUGUCCCUCAAUUAAUCGAAGAGUUCGACCCCGAGGCUAUCCUUACCGUCUCUUUCGGUGGUUCAGCUAUCUCACCAGGUGACCUGUUAGACAAGGACGCCGUCGCUUCUUCACCUGAAAUCACUGUCACUCCUGAGAGCGCCGACAGCGAUGAUUUCCAAGCUGGAAAGCUCUACACCGUCCUCAUGGCCGACGCCAACGCAGUAGGAACCGACCAAAACGUUACCGAACAGACUCGACACUGGCUUGUCAACAGCGUUGGUAUCUCCGGUGAUUCAGCUCCUUACGCUCUCAACUACACUGGAGCCACUACCAUCACCGACUACGCCGGUCCUGGCCCUCUCGAAGGUACUGGAUCCCAUCGAUACGUUAUCGCACUUUACGAACAAGGUGACGAUUUCGCCGCUCCAUCCAACCUCUCCACCGCCGGUGUAGCCCUCGGUACAUGGUUCCUCAAGAGCUACGUCUCCGAGGCCAAGCUCGGUGAUUUACUCGCCGCCAACUACUUCCAAGUUGAGAACGGACAAGCUACUUCUACUGCCGAAUCAACCACCCCAGUAGACUCAGCCACCCUCUCCCAAGCAGCUUCAACCACCGGAUCUGGAUCAGCUGCCGCUUCCCAAACUUCCGGUGCGUCCGCCGCUGCCUCAGCUGCUGGUUCAGCCGGUGGUUCCGCUACCUCCGCCGCUGCUUCGGCCGCUGCUACUUCCGCCCAAUCUGGUGCUGGUAAGACCGGUGUAGCUGUUGGUAUGAUCAUGGGUGCUGUCGGUGUUGUAGGUGCUGUUAUCGGUGCUGCCCUCUAA